UAGCGACCAUUUCCAUUGGCAUUAGGGAGUCCUGGAAGCGCUGUGUUGGGACCAUGGUGGUGACUGGAUCCAGGAGGUCGAGAGUCCUUCUUCUCUCUGCACAGACGUGACUCUGCAGCUUUUUAACGGCGCCCGCUGCUCUCAACCCAGCUUACCCCACGUGGUCCCAUGGCGAAGGCCGCGCUGAGGUUCCCGGUUCAGGUAAUUGCGGUGCCUUCCCUGCUAUCCGGUCACCUCCUAGUCACACAAAUCCUAAAGCAGCGAGGGAUCGGCACCUGCUCACGGCUUUGCAACCCGGACCCGGCGUCGUCACACUGAGGUGCUAUCGGAAGAGAUCCCUGUUUCAGACACCCGUGGGAUGCUGUGGGGAGAGCGAGAGGUACAGGGAGGGGCGCGGGCAAUGGCCUGGAGAUGGAUGGAUCCGGGAGGAUGGAACCUGGGGUCCACAGGCGCCUGUAGGGAACAACCUGUGAGGCGGAACUCCUCCUGGAAAAGCAAGGAGGCUGGAGGCUGUGAAAUCAUUGCGAGGACGCUAGAAAUAGGAGAAUUUCCAAGAAAGAAGGGACUGGAUCAAAGUCCAGGCUUUUAAAGUUUCCUAAAGGCCAAAUAAAUAACAGAGUAGAGAGAGGAUGACGUUGGGUCCCUUUGAGAUUGAAUCCUUGUAGAUCAUAUAGGUGGUAGAGAUGACACUUCGUGCUGAGGCACGCAGGUCAGACAACAGUCCAAGGUCACCUGGCUCCAUGGACAAAAAAGCGUUCAGGGAGGCCUGAGCUUACCAGAUCCUAUCAGGGACACAGUCCUGUAAAGUCAGCCUCUUCCCUCAGGCCUUUAUGGCUGUAGAAGCAUUUAAGGAACGCAAACAAGAAAGUGGAGGGUGUCGCCGGGUGCGGUGGCUCACUCCUGUAAUCCCAGCACUUUGGGAGGCCUAGGCGGGAGGAUCACCUGAGGUCCGGAGGUAGGGACCAGCCUGACCAACCAUGGAGAAACCCUGUCUCUACUAAAAAUACAAAAUUAGCCAGGCGUGGUGGCGCAUGCCUGUAAUCCCAGCUACUUGGGAGGCUGAGGCAGGAGACUCGCUUGAACCCGGGAGGCGGAGGUUGCCCUGAGCCGAGAUCUCGCGACAUUGCACUCCAGCCUGGGCAACCAGAACAAAACUCCGUCUCAAAAAAACAAAAGAAAGAAAGAAAUGGAGGGUGUUCUAUUUCCUCACUGGUCCUGACUCCUAUCCACAUGUUCUCUAGCUUGUGGUGGCCUGGGUGUCUUUUAAAUUUACUUUAAUAGGGCUUGGCGCGGUGGCUCAUGCCUGUAAUCCCAGCACUUUGGGAGGCCAAGGCAGGUGGAUCACGAGCUCAGGAGAUCGAGACCAUCCUGGCUAACACGGUGAAACCCCGUCUGUAUUAAAAAUACAAAAAAUUAGCCUUUUAGCCUGGCGUGGUGGCGGGCGCCUGUAGUCCCAGCUACUGGGGAGGCUGAGGCAGGAGAAUGGCAUGAACCCGGGAGGCGGAGCUUGCAGUGAGCCGAGAUCGCGCCACUGCACUCCAGCCUGGGCGACAGAGCGAGACUGUCUCAAAAAUAAAUAAAUAAAUAAAUUUAAUUUUUAAAACUUUUUUGAGAUAGGUUCUCACUCUGUUGCCCAGGCUGGAGUGCAGUGGCGCGAUCUCUACCCACUGCAGCCUCGAAUUCCCUGGCUCAGCCUCCUGAAUAGCUGGGGCCACAGACGUGCAGUAUCAUGCCUGGCUACAUUUUUAUUUUUAUAUUUUAUUUAUUUUUAUUUUUAAGUAGAGGCGGUGUUUCGCCAUGUUGUCCAGGCUGGCCUCAAACUUCUGGGCUCAAGUGAUCCACCCACCUUGGCCACCCAAAGUGCUGAGCUUACAGGCGUGAGCCACCACACCUGGCCGUGGGACUCUUAAGUGGUGUUUUUUCAGACAUUUGAUCUGGAAACCUUGGAGAAACCCUAAAGCCAAGAUCCUAACUCCAUGACACGUUGUAUGGAGGUAUUCCCAUUUCAGUGAACCUAUGUAAAUACACUUAGAAGGUUAACCCUGGAUUUUGUGCCAGGAAGCAAAAUCCUUAGAGGUAAGACCGAUCAGAGCGGGGAGUUGUACUGCAGUUCUGUUUGGCUUCACAUUGGAGAACAGAAUGUGGAGUUGAGGGAGGAGGAAGGAAGAUCAAUGUUGAGGCUGGUUCCAUAAUCCAGGUGAGGGUUAAUGAACAAUUCAUGGCUAAGAAGAUGUGGCUGGAUUCACUAUUCACAUUUUGCAAAGGGGAAGAUAGAUUUUCUAAUAUGAUGGUAAAUGUGUGAAAGAGAGGUUUCAGGUAUGACCCCAUAGUUUUUGGUCUUAGCAGCUGUAGUGACAGAAGCUGUAUCAGCUGAGAUGAGCAAGUUGAGAGUAGGCAUAAUAUUCACUGGUGUUAUAAGGAGGGUUGUUUUCACUGUGUUAAGAAUCUGAGGUGAUUCAGAGACCAGUUAAGUAGAGGCAACAAGUGAGCAAUGUCCACAUAGGUUGGGAUCUCUGCAAACGAACUGAUAUUGGGGCCAUGCAAUAUAUAGAAGUGAAUGUGCAGACUAAGGUGAAUUAGCCAAGGGUCACAUUUAGGAGGGCACACUUCAGAUUAAGGUGGUAAAUCUUUUAGCAGGCCAGGAGGCAGUGAUUGGAGACUGAAGACUGGAUGUCUUGCUUGGAUCCCUAGCUGACACUAUUGUCAUUCAUAAACACAGAAGAGGGAGUUAAGUGACAAUGAAGGUAAGAUGUAUCCAACAGCAUAGUUUGUCAGGGGACAUGGACUUCCAUGGAGAUAAUAGACAUGACAUGCAUUCAGAAAUAUAGGAGUAAUUGAGGGAAGGUGACACUUAGACUGCAGUUUGUGCUUAUUUCCCAUUAUAUGCACUUGCCAAGAUUGUGACACAACUAUGUUUGUGCCUGGGGAGUUUUAUUCACCAUGGAGUAUAUGGUCAGGGGGAAAUAUGCUCAUCCGUGGCAGUCACUAGGCCCAGUAUGGACGACCAAUGGGGCUUGGCUUUAAAUGGUGUUAGGUCAAAAGAGGAAGGUCAUAAUUGCUGAGAGGUCAGCAAAUGUGACACAGAAGUGGAAUACUGCCACUGAUAUCUGAAGUCAUGUAUAGUUCUGUGUUGCUAUGGAGCCAUGCAAGGGGGCCUUCAUAGAAUUAUUUGAGACUACCACUUCUUUUAGGAUCCAAUAGAAAUGGAAUUCUGUGGUGAUACUGGAUCCUGUUUGAGUUGGCCAAGAGUAGUCUGGAUGGUGUCAGCCACGAUGUCAUGUAAGCCCCAAAAUGAAGGCCCAGUGUGAUUUGCAACUUGGAUAUCUGGUGAUAUUGGUCUGUCCUCAAAUGACCUGAGUGCAAAUUUCCCACUAUACUAUUUUUUUUUUUUUUUUUUUUUUUUUUUUAGAUGGAGUCUUGCUCUGUCACCCAGGCUGGAAUGCAGUGGCACAAUCUCGGUUCACUGCAACCUCCACCUCCCAGGUUCAAGCAGUUCUUCUGCUUCAGCUUCCUGAGUAGCUGGGAUUACAGGCACCCACCACCGUGCCUAGCUAAUUUUUUGUAUUUUUAGUAGAGGUGAGAUUUUGCCAUGUUGGUCAGGCUGGUCUUGAACUCCUGGCCUCAUGAUCUGCCCGCCUUGGCCUCCCAAAGUGGUGGGAUUACAGGCGUGAGCCACCAUGCCCAGUCCUCUACUAUCUUAAGUAAUGUAUCAUAGCCUAAGAAAUCUUUCCAUCAGCGGGACCAGGUAGAGUUCCUGACUAUUAUACUUUGUAGUGUGUUUCAAUUCCAUUUCUAUAACCAGAGUUAUUUUAAGAAGCCAGUGGCAUCCUCCUGAGGGAAUUAGGACAUUACACCCUUUUCAUCUUACAAAGCUUGCAUUAUACAAUCCCUGGUUACUCUCUCUUAUCCACAAUGAAACCCCUCUGUGGUGAGAGGUGUCCCUCUUACCAGUUUGUGAAUAUAUUUUAUUUUUAAACUGCUCUUGAUGGCAUCUUUUGAGUAUCAGUUGUCAUUUAUUUUGCCACUUUACAAAUAACCUUAGUGGGAGAUUUCCACCCACACUAGUAGAAGAAAAAGGAGGGUGUUAAGAUACUUUAAGUUGUUUAAAGGCCAGAGAGAGGCCAGUGGUGUGUGGCAGUCAGCUGGGGAUGGACAUGGAAUGUACCUGGAAGUCUAAAGAAUGAGGUGCAUUCAGAGAGGGUAUCUCUGCUCUGCUGAAGGUGCUACAUUGGGUUUUCCAUGACCUCGGCCAUACUAGGGGAAGUGCCUGUCAGGAGGGGGUGGACUUUAUGUCACAGCCACUGCACGGAUACCUAUUUGUUCACCUAAUUAUUGUUGUUGGUGGCUGUACCCCAUGACCAGUGGGCCUAGUUUCUCCUAUGAUUUGAGGACCUUGAGAGGAGGACGUGUGAGAGUAGACGUGUGGGAGAGAUGGAUUGUGAUACCUCAGCAUAGGGGUGGUUUGUAGUUUCAUCUGUCAACAUCAUAACAGGGCACAGUGACUUUUGAAGAUGUGGCUGUGAAAUUUACCCAGGAGGAAUGGAAUCUCCUUAGUGAGGCUCAGAGAUGCCUGUACCAUGAUGUGACGCUGGAGAACCUGGCACUUAUAUCCUCCCUGGGUUGUUGGUGUGGAGUGGAAGAUGAGGAGGCACCUUCUAAGCGGACUAUUUAUAUAUAAAGAGAGAUUCAGGUCAGGACUCCUAUGGCAGGUGUGUCUCCCAAGAAGGCCCACCCCUGUGAGAUGUGUGGCCCGAUCUUGGGAGACAUUUUGCAUGUGGCAGAUCAUCAGGGAACACAUCACAAGCAGAAACUGCACAGGUGUGAGGCCUGGGGGAAUACAUUGUAUGACAGUGGAAACUUUCAUCAGCACCAGAAUGAGUACAUUGGAGAGAAACCCUACAGAGGGAGUGUUGAGGAGGUGUUGUUUGUGAAGAGGUGUAAGUUCCAUGUGUCAGGGGAGUCAUCUGUCUUCAGUCAGAGUGGGAAAGACUUUUUGCUCAGGUCAGGAUUACUCCAGCAAGAGGCCACUCACAAUGGGACAACAAACAGCAAAACUGAGUGUGUGUCUCCGUUUCAUGGGGGAAAAACCCAUUACAGCUGUGGAGGAUGCAUGAAACAUUUUAGCACCAAACAUAUACACAGUCAGCACCAGAGACUGCUCCCUAGAGAAGAACGUUAUGUGUGGUGUGAAUAUGGGAAAUCCUUUAGCAAAUAUGACAGCUUCAGUAAUCAUCAAGGGGUUCACAGUAGAGAAAAACCUUAUACAUGUGGGAUAUGUGGGAAAUUAUUUAAUAGUAAGUCCCACCUCCAUGUACACCAGAGAAUUCACACUGGAGAGAAGCCAUAUGAGUGUGAGGUUUGUCAGAAAUUUUUUAGGCACAAGUACCACCUCAUUGCACACCAGAGAGUUCACACCGGAGAAAGGCCAUAUGAAUGCAGUGAUUGUGGGAAGUCAUUUACCCACAGCUCUACAUUCCAUGUACAUAAGAGAGUUCACACUGGUCAGAAGCCUUAUGAGUGCAGUGAAUGUGGGAAAUCUUUUGCUGAAAGCUCCAGUCUCACUAAACACAGGAGAGUUCACACUGGAGAAAAGCCUUAUGGGUGCAGUGAAUGUGAAAAAAAAUUUAGGCAAAUCUCUUCACUUUGUCAUCAUCAGAGAGUUCACAAAAGAAAGGCCUUAUGAGUGCAGUGAGUCCAGUGUCAUUAAAUACAGGAGAGUACACACCUGAGUAAGAUCCUGUGAUUGCAGCAAAUGUGGAAAAUGUUUACCCGAAGGUCUGCUCUCCUUGGACAUUGGAGAGUUCAUACUAGAGGAGAGUCCUUACAAGUAAAAUAAAUUCGGGCAGUUUUGUAGCCACACCUCUGUAUUCCUUCAGGAUUAUAUUUAACACUGAAUGAAGGCCUUACUAGUGUGACAAAUACAGAAUAUUUAUCCAGAAGUCUGGCUUCAAAACUCACAGGAGAGCUGUCAUGUGGGAGGAUUGCUACAUGCAGUGAGCCAAGACUGCAACACUGCAGUCCAGUCUGGGUGACAGAGUGAGACCCUGUUUCAAAAAUAAAAUAAAAUAUAUAAAUGACGUCUAAUAAAGUAUGCAUAUUUGAGCUGUAGGAUAAGUCUUGAAUUUUCUUUUUCUUUUUUUUUCUUUUCUUUUUUUUUUUUUUUUUUUUUGAGAAAGCCUCGCUCUGUCACCCAGGCUGGAGUACAGUGGCACAAUCUCGGCUCACUGCAAGCCCCGCCUCCUGGGUUCAUGCCAUUCUCCUGCCUCAGCCUCCCAAAUAGCUGGGACUACAGGCAACCGCCACCACUACUGGAUAAUUUUUUUGUAUUUUUAGUAGAGACGGGGUUUCACCCUGUUAGCCAGGAUGUUCUCAAUCUCCUGACCUCAUGAUCUGCCCACCUUGGCCUCCCAAAGUGUUGGGAUUGCAGGCAUGAGCCACUGUGCCUGGCUUGAAUUUUCUUAUAAUACCAUGAAACAAUCAUCAGAGUCACAAUAAUGAAUUUAUCUAAUCUAUCACCUUUGCAUUUACCUGGAGCCUUUAUAAAGAUUUCUCUGUGCAGACAACCAUUGAUUUACUCUGCUGUAUAAUAGAGUACUUUCCAUUUUCUAGAAUUUUCUGACUGAUGUAAUAAAGUGUUUCCUGUUAUAA